AUGGAGAGCCUGAGUGAACUGCAAAACCCCCUGCUGCCCAGAAGUCCUGCCCACCUCCGCGGCCCCUACGCCUACCCAGACGCUGGUCCACCCAGCUGGUCCUGCCAAGAGAAGCUCUACUCCUACCUCCUGGGCACUGCUGGUCCUGCCCACACCCAUCAGUUCCUGGAUCCAGGGUCCCUACAGCUGGCCGUGGAGGCCUGGUACCGGCCCAGCUGUCUCCUGGGGAGGGACAAGGUCAAGGAGCCCAGGGCGGGCAGCUGUGAGACCAGUUUCACAGAGGUCCGGGAGGCCCAGGCAGUGCCCACAGAACAGUCCACAGAAACUAACCCUGCCGAAGAGGAUGUUGCCAUCCAAACAGUGUCCUAUGGGGUCCAGGAGGAGCUGCAAAGCCAGGACAAUGGCCAGGAAGAGGAGGAGAGUGAUGCGACUUCAUCAGAGAGUGAGAGCGAAAGUGAGGACAACUUCUUCACGCUGCCUCCCAGAGACCACCUGGGUCUCACUCUCUUCUCCAUGCUCUGCUGCUUCUGGCCCCUGGGCAUUGCUGCCUUCUACUUCUCCCAGGGGACCAGCAAGGCCAUCUCCAAAGGGGACUUCCGCCUGGCCAGCACCACCUCCCGCCGGGCUCUCUUCCUGGCCACACUCUCCAUUGCUGUGGGCGCAGCUCUCUAUGUGGCUGUGGUGGUGGCUCUGGCAGCGUACAUGUCCCAGAACAGCCAUGGCUAG